GGGCGGGACUUCCGCUUCGCCUCUGUGUUGUCCGCGCUCCGCCUCCGGGCUGUGGGGGUCGGUGCGGAUAUUCAGUCAUGAAGUCGGGGUAGGGACUUCUCCCGCAGCGACGCGCCCCACGAGCCUGCUUGUGUUCUGGGGGCCGGGCUUCCAGGUGAUUUUUACGAGAUGCUGCUUUCCAUAGGGAUGCUCAUGUUGUCGGCCACACAAGUUUACACCAUCUUGACUGUCCAGCUCUUUGCAUUCUUAAACCUAUUGCCUGUGGAAGCAGACAUUUUAGCAUAUAAUUUUGAAAAUGCGUCUCAGACAUUUGAUGACCUUCCAGCAAGAUUUGGUUAUAGACUUCCAGCUGAAGGUUUAAAGGGUUUUUUGAUUAACUCAAAACCAGAGAAUGCCUGUGAACCCAUAGUGCCUCCACCACUAAAAGACAAUUCAUCUGGCACUUUCAUCGUGUUAAUUAGAAGACUUGAUUGCAAUUUUGAUAUAAAGGUUUUAAAUGCACAGAGAGCAGGAUACAAAGCAGCAAUAGUUCACAAUGUUGAUUCUGAUGACCUCAUUAGCAUGGGAUCCAACGACAUUAAUGUGUUAAAGAAAAUUGACAUUCCUUCUGUCUUUAUUGGUGAAUCAUCAGCUAAUUCCCUGAAAGAUGAAUUCACGUACGAAAAAGGGGGCCACGUUAUCUUAGUUCCAGAAUUCAGUCUUCCUCUGGAAUACUACCUGAUCCCCUUCCUCAUCAUUGUGGGCAUCUGUCUCAUCUUGAUAGUCAUUUUCAUGAUCACAAAAUUUGUCCAAGACAGACAUAGAGCUAGAAGAAACAGACUUCGUAAAGAUCAACUUAAGAAACUCCCGAUACAUAAAUUCAAGAAAGGAGAUGAGUAUGAUGUUUGUGCCAUUUGUUUGGAUGAAUAUGAAGAUGGAGACAAGCUCAGAAUCCUUCCCUGUUCCCAUGCUUAUCACUGCAAGUGUGUAGACCCAUGGCUAACUAAAACCAAAAAAAUCUGUCCAGUCUGCAAGCAAAAAGUUGUUCCUUCUCAAGGUGAUUCAGACUCUGACACAGAUAGUAGUCAAGAAGAAAAUGAAGUGUCAGAACAUACCCCUUUACUGAGACCUUUAGCUUCUGUCAGCACCCCAUCAUUUGGAACUUUGUCGGAAUCCCAAUCACAACAGAACAUGACAGAAUCUUCAGACUAUGAGGAAGAUGACAAUGAAGAUACUGACAGUAGUGAUACAGCAAAUGAGAUUAAUGAACAUAGUGUCGUGGUCCAAUUGCAGCCUAAUGGUGAACGGGAUUACAACUUAGCAAAUACUGUUUGACCUUCAGAGGGUGACUGGUCAUUUCUCUUUAAAAUGUUUAUUUAGGUACAUAAUUUGAUUUUUUUUUUUUGCUCCCUUCUGAGAUUUCUGUAGAAAUAACUUAAUUUUUAGUAUUCUACAGUUUAAUCAGAUUACUGAAACAGGCCUUCUGAUCCAGUAUUUAUCUGUAGGAGUGUACUUUAUUUAACUAAUAAGUAACAAUAAACUGGUGCUGUAACUCAAGCAUCAAAUCAGCUCUUCCUCUGGAAUGAAAUAUAGCCAAAACAUUAAAAAACAACAACAAAAAAAACUCAGUAUAGCUUGCUAUUAAGACCUAGAUCACAGUAUGAAAAUGUGUUGUGUUUUACACAUGAGGUUAGUGCUGAAGCCACUUGGCAUGAGCUAAGCCACCCACCUUCAUAAAGAAACCUAGAGAGUUGUUGAGCUGGAAUAUGUUCUGGUAUUUCCCCAAAUUGCCAUCACUAGUGAAGAGCAACAAGGUAAUUUAGCAUUUUUCCUAUUAGCAUAACAAAGCUCAAAACUGUCUUUUUCUUUCCUAUUCUCAAGUAGUCUUAUCUUGACAGGAAUGUUCUGUACUAGUGCAGACUUCAAAAAAUUUUUUUUCUAAGGUUUUUAAUACGAUAGUGUUAUGUAUGAAUUUGAUUCAGCAGCUAAAGUAAUGUCUCUGGACUUUACUUACUGAAUUUUGGUAUCCUUAAGGGUUUUUGUGUUGUGAUCAAAGCAGAAAGAAAACACUGCAUAAAAAAACCAAACUUCAGCAAAUGUUAAUACUCAGAUCAUAUACCUCUUAAUAAAGAGCAUCUUAUGCUAAUUAGCCCGCUAAACUAUGUACAGAGGAAAUUGUUAAAGUACUGGAUUUGAAAACAAGUGCUUAUGUUUAACAAAACUAAUGAUGUAUUAUGAAACAGUGUAUUAUGAAAAGCUAAACUGUAUAUCAUACAUUAUUGUAACUAUGUAGAAAAUAUAAACUAAUAUAUAAUCAAAACGCUAAGAAUUUUUAUAUGGCCUUGUAUGA